CGUGACCAUGUCUCUUUAAAACAUAAAUGAAAUUUAUCAUUUCUUUGUUUCUUCUUCAUUGUUUUUGUUCAAAUACAUUAUAUAAAUUCACAAAUGAUUCAGUUGAAGAAAAACAAGGAUAAGCAUCUAAUAAAUUAUGUUAACAUAAAAAUUUAAUCAAUUACAUAUUAAAAAAAUGCAAAAGAUAAAAGACUUAAACAUGAAUUUAUCUUUUAAGGCUUUCCUUAUAUUCUUGGAUGUGUGGAUGACUCGCAGAUCAAAAUACUAAAGCCACGUCAGAAUGAGCAGACUUCGAAAACAGGAAAGAAUGCCAAUCGCUAAAGGUUAUUUACUAUUUUAAAUAAUGAUCAUAACAUUCUUCCGAAAUUCCAAACUCUUCCAAUUAUAUAAACAACAUAAUGUGCCCAUGGAAAAUGAAAUAGAAAAAUGUGCACAUCAAAACAAAGGGAAACGCCUCCCACCUCACCAUUUUUUUUAAAGGAAAAAUAAUAAAAUUUAUUUUCUUUUAAAAAAUGAAUCAGAUUAUUAUAACAAUGAGCAAACCUAACUGCACUAUAAAAAAAUCUGGGAAAUUGUAUUCUCUGUAUACAUCGUGACGUCAUACUUUCUUCUCAUUGCGUCACAUUCUACAACGGUUGUAAACAGAUCAGCUGGGUAGACAGAGUGAAGAAAAAUUGUUUGAAAUGCAGCCCCGUCAAACUUCCCAUUCAAAGGAUAUUCAGCUGACCAAAAAAGGAAAUAGUUUUCGCCCACGUCAUACAAGUAUGGCGUUGCAGUCAUAUUUGACAUGGAGCGUUCCCAAAUUGAGGGCUGAAUUGGCGACAAGGGGUGCCAGUGUUGGUGGCAGAAAAACAGAUCUUAUUGAAAGAUUGAAAGCUUAUGACAGGAACAGAGAUUUUCAGCCCCCUCCAUUAGAAAGUGUCCCUGCCACUGUAUCCGUUGGCUGGCCAGUGUCAGGCUAUCAGCAGUUGCAGAAGGAACACAGAGUUUUCUUGCCAAAAAUAACAAAGGAACAAAUAGACCAGUACUUUAAUUGUUUACCGUAUGGCAGGUGAAAAGCAAUUUACAACGGACAUCAAGGCAGUGUCAAAGGGUAAUGACAUGUUUCAAGGGAAUAGAGUGCAGACAUGUUCUGUAACUGUAAAAGACAACAGCAUCUACUUCACAUGGAUUGUCGGGACUGCAAUGAAA